AUGUGUGACGUCACUGUGACUAUUGUAAUUCCACCUCUGGGCAGAACAACAAACACAGUACAGACAUAUGUCUGCUGGGUUAAAUGCAUUUCCUGCUGGAGCAGAGAACAAUCUGCUGGGAAAAUAUGUUUUUUGCCUCUGCGUGGCAUACACAACACAUCGUACAAACUUUGUACGUUUUGUCUGUCUUUAAAAACAAAACAUUCUGCUAAACCUAACCCUGUCCCUGCAACAAAUUCGAUUCCUGAUAGUCCGGUUCCUGACAGUCCGGUCUCUGAGAGUUCGAUUCCUGAUAGUCCGGUUCCUGACAGUCCGGUCUCUGAGAGUUUGAUUCUUGAUAGUCCGGUUCCUGACAGUCCGGUCUCUGAGAGUUCGAUUCCUGAUAGUCCGGUUCCUGACAGUCCGGUCUCUGAGAGUUCGAUUCCUGAUAGUCCGGUUCCUGACAGUCCGGUCUCUGAGAGUUCGAUUCCUGAUAGUCCGGUUCCUGAAAGUCCGGUCUCUGAGAGUUUGAUUCCUGACAGUCCGGUUCCUGAGACUUCAGUUCCUGUUGAAGAAGUACCUUUUGUAGAACAACACCCUUCAAACGCAGGAACCCAACUGGUUGAACCUGUUGUGGUCAAGAAAAAGAAGAAGAAGAAGAAGAAGAAGAAGAAAAGAACACCGAUUAAUGUGUUUGACAGAUCGGCUGUGGUCCAAAACUCUACAGCCACAGAUGUCCCUGCAGGAACCAAACCAGGUCAUGAUGGACCUGAAUCAGCUCCUGGUUCAUCUGAACCAUCGCAGCCUUCAAAUGCAGAAAACCAAAGCUNAUCUAAUGAAGUGUCUGUGAGUCCGGUUCCUGAGAGUCCAUCAGUUUUUGUGAGUCCAUCAGUUCCUGUUGGACCAGAAAUUUUUGUAGAACCACAGCUUACAGACACAGGAACUCACAGCAGUGAGUUAAAGGCACAAAGACAAAAACAAAAUAUAAAGACAGUGGUGAUGUGUUUGGGGUUAUCACAGUUCAGGUACAUUUCACCUUCUGCACAGUUACAGCCAUCAGACAAAGGAUCUUACACUUUUGAUCUUUUGAAGUCUGAUGAACCGGCUGUCCCUAAAAAGAAAAACAAAAAGAAGAAGAAGAACCUAGGCCUUGAGUAUGAUGAAGAUAAUCCCAAAGAAGUCUUCUAUCAGAACAACGUUUACUUUUUCUAGUCACAAUGUAAAA